CAGCCCGCGCCAGUGGCCGCCGCACCCAGCCGCGCCGGCGAGGAUAUGGGCAGCCGCGGCGCGCCCGCCCCCCGCGCCGAUGUGAAUUAUUAAAAAGAAAAUGGCCCAACGGAACACUGUAUUUCCUAAUCUUGUCACCRAGGAAAGGUAUAAUAUAUGGAAAAUAUGCAUCUAAGGCGAGUAAGAACCAUGCCCCGACACAGCCAGUCCCUGACCAUGGCACCCUACUCCUCUGUAAGCCUUGUGGAGCAACUAGAAGACAGGAUCCUCUGCCAUGAGAAAACCACCGCUGCCCUGGUGGAGCAUGCUUUCCGGAUUAAAGACGAUAUUGUCAGCAGUUUGCAGAAAAUGCAAAACAAAGGGGGUGGUGACCGCCUGGCCAGGCUUUUCUUGGAGGAGCACAUCAGGAACAUAACUGCCAUAGUAAAACAACUUAAUCGGGACAUUGAGGUACUCCAGGAGCAGAUCCGUGCCAGGGACAACAUUAGCUAUGGAACUAAUUCUGCCUUAAAGACCCUGGAGAUGCGUCAGCUCUCUGGUUUGGGAGAUCUCCGAGGAAGAGUGGCAAGAUGUGAUGCCAGCAUAGCCAGACUCUCUGCAGAGCACAAAACAACCUAUGAGGGGCUUCAGCACUUAAACAAAGAACAGCAAGCUGCCAAACUGAUCUUGGAAACGAAAAUCAAAGAUGCAGAAGGACAGAUUUCUCAGCUUUUGAACMGAGUGGACUUGUCAAUAUCAGAGCAGAGCACCAAAUUGAAGAUGUCCCAUAGAGACAGUAACCACCAGCUUCAGCUUUUAGAUACUAAAUUUAAAGGUACAGUUGAAGAACUCAGUAACCAGAUUUUAUCUGCACGGAGUUGGUUACAACAGGAGCAAGAACGAAUAGAAAAAGAACUUUUACAGAAAAUUGAUCAGCUUUCCUUGGUUGUUAAGGAAAACAGUGGAGCCAAUGAAAGGGACAUGGAAAAGAAGCUCAGCCAGAUGUCAGCCAGACUUGACAAAAUAGAAGAGAGUCAAAAGAAGAACAUGGAAGGGCAGAGAACAAAGCAAGAAGAAGAGAAGGUGCACGGGCGAAUCAGCAAGCUGGAGUUGCAGAUGAAUGAGGACAUGAAGGAAAUGAAAGCAGAAGUUAAUGCUGGGUUUACGGCCAUCUAUGAAAGCAUAGGAUCCCUCAGGCAAGUUCUCGAGGCCAAGAUGAAGCUGGACAAGGACCAGCUGCAGAAGCAGAUCCAACAAAUGCAGAAGGCAGAAGCUCCUGUGUGAAGGGAGCUGGGACAAGGACCUGAAARGGGAAGAAAUCUAACAUUUGGAAAAUACCUAACUCUUUAUUUAUGUAAUGAAAAUAGUUAAGAACUGAUAACUGCCAUACAAUUUGCAAAUUAAAUGGAAACAUAAGACAAUUAUCUAGAUAAUAYAAGGCACAAUAUUUAUAUCCACCUAGAUAUAUCAGGUUUUAAUAUUUAAAACUUUUCGAAUUAUCCAUAACUUGUAUAGCUAUAUAGCCAUAUCAUAAUGGAAUAGUGGUUAGCAGUCUAUUUAUUGCACAAUUAAUUGCUAAUUAAUCAUAAUAGGAUAUGAGAAUUUUUCAGACUUUAUGGUCUCUCUAAAUGUUUCCAAAAUUGGCACAAAGUGCUAAGGUUUAUAUAUACAUAUUGUAACUGUAAUCUUGUGCCUUGGUUUUUAUCAUGUCAAUGCACUGUACCCUAUAAAAGUUUUGCCAACAAAAUAGAAGGCAUGAUAAUACAUCAGAAUUAUGAUGUAAAAAUGGGAUCCUAUGUAUUUUUUAAAUGUUCUAAAAAUUUUAUCACUGUUAAGACAUGAAUCAUUCAGUAUUAUUAAUGGAAUAGAAAUUCAUACUUUUGUAUGGACAAAUAAUCAAAUUGAUAUUGCAUUUAUAAUAUGGUCAAGAAACUUUCAUCUUGAACAACUUUGUAGAUGAUGGGCGUUUUAUUUUUAAUUGCCAUAUUUGAUUAAUCGUUGAAAAUUCAAAUGAGUGCCGUUUGUUCACCUGUAUAUGUAAAAACUGACAGCGAGACACACCGUUCUAAACUGUGAGGGUACCCUAGGAAAAAGAAUAGGAAUACUUAAAAAGAUUUUUCACCAUCCCCCCCUUUUUUUCCGUUCACCAAGGACUCAGGAAAAUAAAAACAUUUUCUAUUUUUAGAAUAAGUCACAAAUGAAAUAUCAAACUGUCUAUUACUGUUUACCCAUAUAAAAUAUGCUGCUAAAGUACAUGAUAUUCUACUCUCAAUGGCUUGACAAAUUUUUUUUUUUUAAUUCGGACAUGAGAGAUUAAAUAUAAGGAAUCUGUCAUUCAACAAUAUAUUUCCUUUUUCUUUCUUUUUUUUCUUUUUUGCCACAAGUCUUUUCAUAUCUAUAUAGGAAGACUAAUUCCACUUAAAAAUAAAAUCAAUAUUCUUUUGCAAUCAGAAAAUUACUUUCUUUUUGUAAUAGCGUAGCCAUGUUUCAUGGAGUUCUCCAUGAUUAAGCACAAGCCACAGGACAGUGAGCCACCGCCCUCUCCAGCAUCCCCCCCUAGGGUCUCUCAAGAGAGAGGGUAGGCACAUCCRACACCUGGGAAGGGCGGGGGCGGGGGACACCCAGUUCGACACUGGUUGAGGGGCUGAUGUAAGCAGGUGAUUUCUAGCUGUCAGCUGAAUUUUCUCAGGUGCUUCCGAUGUUGCCAGCCCAAAAGAUGAAGUAUCACAGGGACCCUCCACCUUGGCUGCUUGUUGGACUCACUUGAGGGAGUUUAAAAAGCUACUGAUGCUGAGCUGUGCCCCAGACCAAGUAAAGUCAGCACCUCUGGGAGGCGCGAGGCAGGCAUCAGUGUGUAUCAAACCCCCUGGUUAUUCAGUGGCGUCAGGGAUGAUGAGCCACCGGUGACAGCAGAGUACUUUUCUCACCAAAGUUUAAAUGAGAAUCAGCUUCCGUGUUCUUUCCU